UCUGGAAGACUUUCUUCAUGCCCUUGUACUACUACAAAACUCGUGAACGUUUAAUAAAAUUUUUUCAGAUAAUCAUGUUUUUCUUUGUUUUCUGUAAUUAUUUUAGCGGUUAUUUACCAUAAUAUGAUACCAUUAGGGGUGUUUUGGAUUUAUCGAGCUUUAUAACUUCGUUUGCACAAGUUGACAUCUCCAGCUCAUGCAGUUAUUAUGUCUAUAUGUGUCUAAAGAUGAUUCUGGCCCAUAGCGUACGUAUUGUUCCAGAGACUGAAAGACAACUUCGCUUACUCAUCAGCAUCUGUAUAGUCAUUUGGAUUCUGCAAAAAAGUUAACCUCUGCAAUGGAGAAUAUUUCUUCUAAUAAUGUGCCAGCGCCUCCAGUAUUGCCAAACUGGUUGGAUUCUUUGUGUUCACAAAUUGAUCCAUUCACUGAUGUUUCUUUGCCUCAGGUUUUCACUCCAAGAUUUCAGCAGACAUGUGCUCCAAGUAGCCAGCAUGAAAUGCAGUCUCAGAGUGGUUUCAGCAGUUCCAUAUGGACCAAAGGCCUAAUGCUGAAAUGUGUCAAGAAAACAGUGCCAUCUGUGACAGUAAUUUUAAAUGGAAUAUCAGAAAAAAUGUCACAGAUGCCAAAGAUUAUGACAGAUCUUUGAAUACUAAGCCUAUGGUAAGAGAAAGUGAUAUAGUUGAAAAUGCUUCAAGAAAAAGAGUCCAUGAGGAAAGUUCUAUAAAUGACGCUAUUUAUGACAGUAUUUCUGGGAUGAUUGUGUAUCCACAGAGAGCAAAUCAUAACAAAUGUGAAUCCACCACCAAAGUAGACCAUCAUGAACCAGGUGAUUAUUGGCCAAAGGAUUGUGCAAGAGAUGGCAUUGACUUAUUUUCAGCCACCCAGUUUUCACAGCCAUGGCCUUCUCUGACUGCAAAGGGGGAAGUGAGCUGUUUGAAACCAAAAAAUCAGUCUACAGUAAACAAAUGCAAUCUGACUGAAGGCAGAAGAAGAAAUAUGAAAUAUGCAUGUAACACCAACAUGACAAGCCUGAAUCACCCAGACUAUAAGGAAACACCAUCAAAGAAUUACAGGCUUAAUAAAACAAUUCCAUUUAAAACACACUCAAAUGACUCAUGUAAAAUCAAUGUUCAGGCUUGGAGAGAUAUCAAAAACAAUAAUUUGCCAGUGGUCUUAUCUCAUCCUUCUGAAAGCAUAAUCCAAGAUUAUGAAGGACCUAGAAAUGCUUUCAAAGCUUCAUCACUUGGUUCAAGUUCUUCACACAUCAAAAGAUUAUCAGGAGCAUCAGAUGAAUCACAACAGUCUAUGAACAGAGAAACACAUAAAUACCCAUCUGCUUCAUUUUGGUCUUUUCAUGAUGAUGAGUUAGUCUUCAGUCCUUCUAAACAGAGUUUAGGCGGCAGUUUAGCUUUAUCCCCCAGUUCUGAUUUUCUAAGUUCAUCUCAUCACCCUUCUUCCCCAUGUUUACAGGUACAUGCAAACUCAUCAACAAAGAGGAGUCAAAACUGUGCAGUUGGUGCUAUCUCUUCUCAGUAUGCAAGCACUGGUGUUUGUUCACCUCAAAUGAGCAUCAAAUAUAGAAAUGAAUCAACACCAUCACCUCAACAGAUAGUGAAACCUCCACUUUCCAAAGUGUGUCUGUUCAGAAAUAAUACUGUAUCUGCCUUUGAUUCAGCUAUUCAGUGUGUACCUAAACCUGUUGAAAAAAACAUGCAUCUAUCAAAGUGUGGUGAUAAACUCAAAUGCAGUGAUGUGCAGACUCCACAUGUAACUCCAAAGGACACUGCUGGUGCUGAUGAUAAGAUGACAUACAUAAGAAGUCACUCAGAAUCUGGUUACCAUCCUUUUACCCCAGCUGUCCUUCAUCUGCCAGGUGAAACAGGUCAAGGCCAAAACCUUCGUUCUGUGCAAGAGAUUCCAAUGCCAUACCGAGGUGUUUUCACAUUUCCUUUCUUCAACGCUGUUCAGUCUCAGGUCUUCGACCAGCUUUUGUAUGGCGACAGGUCAGUAGUUGUGUCUGCACCAACAGGGUCAGGGAAAACAGUCCUCUUUGAUCUGGCAAUUAUAAGACUACUUUUAUGUGCUCAAGGUGACCCCAGCUCUAUUAAAAUAGUUUACAUGGCACCCAUGAAAGCUCUUUGCAAUGAGCGUGUCACUGACUGGCAGAAAAGGAUGUCACCAUUUGGUUUAGAGUGUUUGGAACUUACUGGUGACUCGGACCUUCCAGACUUCUCCCAACUGCACUAUUCGAACAUAAUCUGUACCACACCUGAAAAAUGGGACAGUGUUACACGUCGAUGGAAAGACAACCACCGCCUGUUUCUCAAUAUUAGCCUUCUAUGCAUUGAUGAGGUGCAUGUAGUGGGUGACAUGAGUCGGGGAGCAACUGUGGAAGCUGUCAUCACCAGAAUGAAAAUGGCUCAAACAUCUGCUGUUGAAAAUUUAAAUCACAUACUGCGCUUUGUUGCUGUGUCUGCAACAUUACCAAAUGUAGAAGAUAUUGCUAAAUGGCUGAGUUUUCCCUCACACCCAGCAGCAGCAUUCAAAAUAGGGGAGGAAUAUCGGCCUGUUAAACUUAACAGAGUGGUGCUAGGAUAUCCCUCUCCGAAUGGUUCUUCAGAUUUCCAGUUUGAUUUAACCUUAAGCUACAAACUUCACUCCAUCAUUGACAGCUACAGUAAUAGAAAGCCAACCCUUGUGUUUUGCUCCUCAAGGAAAAGUGUGCAACAGACAGCAGAGGUUUUAGUCAAACAGAAAUGGGGCCAGAGUUUUGUGUCCUCAGCAAAUCGAUCAGAUAUUACUGCAGUUGCUCAUGUGAUGCAAGACAGUAAGCUGUCAGAGCUUCUUAUGUAUGGCGUUGGGAUACACCAUGCAGGAAUGGGGAAUCAUGACCGACACAUGGUAGAGGAGCUUUUCCGAAGUGGCAAGCUGCUUGUAUUGAUCUGCACCAGCACAUUGUCUGUUGGUGUCAACUUACCUGCCCAUCUUGUGGUCAUCAAGGCAACUCACACAUAUGUGAUGGGUGUUGCUCGUGAAUACUCUGACCUGCAACUUUUACAGAUGAUUGGACGAGCUGGUCGACCACAGUAUGAUACUUUUGCUACAGUUGUUAUCAUGACCAAGGGACAAUUUAAGGAAAAAUAUCAGAUGCUUGUGAAUGGAACACAGGUGAUAGAGAGCAUGCUGCACAAAGGGUUGAUUGAGCAUGUCAACGCUGAGGUGGUGCUGCAGACCAUCACUAACAAAUCUGAUGCCAUGACAUGGUUGUCUAAUACCUUUCUGCAUGUUCGGUUUGCCAAGAAUCCACAGCACUAUGGUUUUCCAAGCAAUGUUGAUGCAAGAUGUAUGGAAGGGUACCUUCAAGAUAUAUGUAUGAAAAGCCUCCAACAACUUGUUGAUGCAGGACUAGUCACUGUCCAUUCUGACACAACACUCGCAGUUCCAAAUGACAAGGGUAGACUAAUGGCAAGAUAUUACUUGAUGUUUGAAACAAUGAAACUCCUGAUGAAUAUCCCUUUAAGCUGCAGCAUUGAGCAAAUGCUACAGGUGGUGGCUGCUAUUCCAGAGUUCUCUGACAUUCAACUGAGAGUGAGUGAUAAGAAAACACUAAAUGCUCUCAAUAAACACAAGACCCAGGAGACUAUCAGGUACCCCAUGAAGGGAAAGGUGAAAACGCGGCAGAUGAAAAUCAACUGCCUUAUCCAGGCAGGAUUGGGGUGUCUGCAAGUUCAGGAUUUUUCUCUUUCCCAGGACAUGAUGAAGAUUUUCAGAGUUGGGCUCCGAGUUAUGAAGUGUAUGAUGGAACUGCAGUGGAUGGGAUCAGAUGCAGUAUCACUGAUUCAUUCCAUACAGCUCUGUAAGGCCUUCAAAGCUCACCUCUGGCCUGACUCAAAACAUGUUGCAAGGCAGUUGGAAGGGAUAGGACCCAUGCUUUCCCAAACACUUGUUAAUUCAGGACUGACUUCAUUUGAAUCUCUGAAGGCCAGCAACCCCAGACAUUUAGAGAUGGUAGUCAACAGACACCCUCCGUUUGGAAACAGAUUACAUGAAGCUGCUGCUCACCUGCCUGUAUAUAGUCUUGCUAUCCAGCAGACAAAUUUUCACCAGGCCUGGAAAGCCAACCUUCUUCUCUCUGUAUCCAUACAGAAUGCAGAUGUCCUUAUUAAUGGGCAGCCAACCUGUGGCCCUCAACACCAGGUAGUCAUCAUCGUGAGCAAUGAAGACAACAACAUUCUUCUUAAAUGGAGACUACAAGACCUAUCGCUACUCAGAAGUCAGUGGCAGCGAUGUAUACAGACACAACGUGCCAAGAAAGGCCCACAGAUUGUUGUCAAUCUAAUAAGUCAAGACUGGGUGGGUCUGGAUGUUCACACUGUGUAUAAUCCUACUUACAUGAGUGUGUACAAUCCUGUUGGGCUGAAAGAAAAUGCAACAAGGAACAGUGCAGCUGCAUCAGAGUCUUGCAUACUUGGACAAAGAGAGGAAAGCAAGCAGGCUGGUAAAGCAAGAGCCAGAACCACACAGGCCUCAAAGCCUGUUGGCAGCAUUCAGCAACAGCUAAACAUCAUGAAAAGCAAGUUGCAGUCCUUCCAGUCCCGCUUACAGACACAGAAUUCACCAGAGGAUGUGUACCUUGGAGCAACUAAUACUUCAAGACCUGGUUCACCUUGUGAAAGACCAAAGAUUGGCAAUUGUCAAAUGCCAGAGCCUAGGACAUCAUUGACAGACAGUGCUGAAACUUCUUUCCUAAUUAGUUCCAGUGAAAUAAAAUGUAAUCAUUCAGUUCAGAACAGUGGCAUCAAAGCAUCUACCAAAGAUAGAAAUUGGAGUACAGGCAGGAUGACUGACAGCACUUCACUUUGUCCUUUGAAAGCAUUGGAGCUUUGUCAAGACAACCAAACUCCAACUACUGAUAAGGAUCAAAGUCAGGUCAUAUAUAAUCCUGCCACCUCACAAAAUCAUGCUUUGAGCUGCAAUCUGAGCAGAGACAGAGAGAGGAGUGAAGUUGCAGCCAGCUGCAUUCAGUCCGUUCCAAUGCCAAAGGUUCGAGCUUUCAAGUUCAAGAAACUAGGAUGGAACAAUGUAUUCACAGAAAUUCAACCUGGAAAAAGUCCAUUCCUCCCAAGCAAGACAUCACAAAAUAGCAAUGAAAUCAGUUGUACAUCUGGCCCCAGGGUGUUCUGUAAUUCUGUGAUGGAUGAACAGGCCUCAGCAAUCACCUUAACCAAACCAACCCAGGGUCUAUUUGCUUCUGCUGCUAUGGCCAACACUCUAUCCAGCUUUAAUCAGACUGGUUCAGAAUGCGUUCAGAACACCCCAACAAGUCCAGGAAGCAGAGCCACAAUCAAAGAUGACAAUUCUAACAUUCAACAAUUUAUUGAUCUAGAACCAAAUGAUGAGUAUGAUGAAUCAGUUGAUAACACUACUGUCAAUAACAUUGAUCUCCACAACAUUUACAGUAAAACGUUUGCUCCACCUAGGGACUUCAUACGAAAAGAAACACAAGUAGACAAGCCAGAAGUUUGUACAAACCAUCAACAGACCGAUCUCAACAAGUUGAGGAGUCCAAUGCUAGCCAGCAAUAAAACUGGAACAGGUUGGGAUAAUCUUUUUCUCUACCACACCAGUAGGGAAACAGCUGCAACAAUGUGUAAUGGACCAGCAAGUGAAAAAAGCUAUGCAGAUAAUUCGGAUGUGUAUGUAUCAUCAGAAGCCUCUCCAAGACAACCAGCAAAAAUGCAAAGCUCAGAUUAUCCUUCCACUGCAUACCAUGGCCUUUUUGUAAACGAAACGGAGCCUGAGCCAUAGUGCCAUAUAGACAUUACCCAACUUCAUUGGACAGCACAACUGUAGCCAUCUCAGUGUUGAAAGAAAAAGAUGCUUCACUGUAUUUUAUGUCGUGCAUGCAAAUUUGUUUUAAAGAUUGUUUUGUUUUAUUUGUAGU